AUGGAGGCGCCUCUCGCAGCUGUGCACGGCUCGCAGCUUCGAGGGGCGUGGCCUUUGGAUCUGGCGAAGGAUGAUGUUGUCUGGCUCUCUCUAUCAGUCCCCCGGCUGGAGGCCAAUACGACUCUAGAUUCAUACAUGCCUACAUGGCAGUUCGCCGCGAUUGCUCCGCACCAGCCUGUGCUUUUCCUGGCCAUCAGUUCUCGCCGCUGCACCCCGUAUCACUUUGUUUUGUGUGGGUUUCCUGGUCCUCGGCUCGGAGUCCACGAUGUUCUCAUCUCACCUACAUCAUGUUUUAAGCUCCCCUUGCGGGCUUCUGCGUCUUCCAACACAUGGCUUAGACAUUAUUGA